CUGCUCAGUGCAGAGAAAGAGCUCAGAUCCAAACACUGCCCAGUUCUGGGUACCCCUUCUUCUAAGCCAGCUGGUCUGGCUUAAAAUCUCUUCUUGUAUUUGAGUUCUGUUUUUUCUUUUAUAAAAAGAAUCCUUUCUUGUUUGAUACAAGGGAUUGACUGAGCAAACCCACAGCUGGAGCUGCUGGGGAACCUUCCAGGUGAAGACUGAACCAAAGGCACUGGUGCUCGUUGACAGUCAGAAGCGCGUGCUCUAGGAGGAGACUCACCGAUGGAGUGAACCGCUGGACGGAAGGAAGUCACAAAUAAUUAGACAUGCGGGAGUGAGCGUGGAGUUCAGAGUCCGGAUCGGUAGUCGACUUGCCCUCCGGUUCAGGCUGGUGGAGUCACUCGGGACCUUUCCUGUACCGUCGCCGCUCCGCCUCAGGAAUGUUUCCGUUGUGCUGCAGCAGCGCAGGAACCACACAACAGUUCGAAAGUGAGAAGUGAAAAAGCGUGAGGACUUGGAAGUAAAUCGAAGGAACCUGAAAAUACGACAGUUUUGAAAAAGAAGAAAAGUCAACGAUAAAAAGAUGGGGCGAAAGAAGAUCCAGAUAGCACGGAUUAUGGAUGAACGGAACAGACAUGUGACUUUCACUAAGCGUAAAUUUGGCCUAAUGAAGAAAGCUUAUGAGCUCAGUGUGUUGUGCGACUGUGAGAUUGCCCUGAUCAUCUUCAACAGCACCAACAAGCUGUUUCAGUAUGCCAGCACAGACAUGGACAAAGUUCUGCUGAAAUACACCGAAUACAAUGAGCCACACGAGAGCAGGACCAACUCUGACAUUGUGGAUACCCUGCGAAAGAAGGGUUUAAACGGCUGUGAAAGCCCUGACAUCGAGGCUGAUGACUCUGCUGGCCAGAGCCCAGAGUUGGACGAUAAAUACCGGAAGAUCAAUGAAGAUAUUGACCUGAUGAUCAACCGACAGAGAAUCUGUGGUCUGCCCUCCUCCAACUAUGACAUGGGUAUAUCCAUCCCAGGCAGUAAUCAGGGUGGGCUGCUCUACUCCCAUCAGGGCAUAGGGGGCAGUCUAGGUAACCAUAGCCUGCUGCCCAUCUCUCACUCAUCUCUGCAAAGAAACAGCAUGUCGCCUCAACGUCCUUCCAGCACAGGAAAUGCAGGACUGAUGGGUUCAGAGCUGUCGAGCACUGUUUUGUCAAGUGUGGGAAACGACAGCUACAGCAACCACUGCACCUCCCCUGGACUGCUGUCUCCAGGAGGCACCCCCAAGAACAUGCAGGAUAAAAGUCCUUCAAUGAACAUGAGCCGUAAACCUGACCUGCGAACACUGAUGCCCCCUUCCAACAAGUGCAACAACAUACCAGCUGUUUGUGAGGACUUUGACCUGAUGUUGAACCAGAGAAUAAAUCACUCCCAGACAGCUCAGACCUUGUCAACCCCUGCUGUCACUCUCUCUGCCACCACUAUCCCCAGUCAGGGGAUGGGUGGGUACCAGUCUGCACUUUCCUCAUCUUAUGGCACAGAUUUCUCCCUCAGCAGUGACCUGCCAUCGCUGUCCGGUUUUGGAGGUUCUGUUCUGGGGUCAGUGAACUGGCAGCAACAGCAGAUACAGAAUCUACAGCACUCAGCACUGGGACACAUGGGGAACUUGUGCCAGAACUCAAACCUAAACCUCUCCUCUGCCCAUCAAAACGUCCACAUCAAGUCUGAGCCAGCCUCUCCUCCCAGAGACCGGAUGAUUGGAACAGGACUUGAAGGAGGCAUGACCACGGUUGGAUACUCCACCACAGGCCGGGGGUCCCAUGAACAAGGGCGUUCCCCUGGUGACAGCGUGUCCAGCUGUGGGAGCUCAUAUGAAGGCAGCGAUGAGCGAGAGGAUCACCAUGGGAACGACAGCUUCCUCCUCCACCCCCUGUCCAGUCAUGAAGAGCACCACAGCCCGUCAGUUAAACGGAUGAGGCUAUCAGAAGGGUGGACGACAUGAUCACAGCCUCUCUACAGCCAGGGAAGGAGUAUUAGUAAAGUUACCGCAUAGUGUUAUUAUCAUUAUUAUUAUUAUUAUUAUUAUUAUUAACAUCAUAUUCUUCUUGUACUGAGUGGGUGUGCUAUAUGUGUAACAUGUACAUGGGGGUGGGAGCUCCUAUGUGUGGAUACAGUGAUUGCUCAGCUGUAUUUCCAGCAUAUACUCUUGGUAGACUUCACACUAAUGACUCCUUGAAGUUCAGAACCAGUUUUCAGACAUCGAGAAAGAAAAGGAAGAAAACAGUUUGACUUAAAUCCAACUUUUUACAGUUUUCAGAGCUUCAUAUUGUCCAAGGAAGUUUUUAUUCAUUUAUUCAUUUGAUAGUAAAAGUGAACCAGGCCAAUCCCAACCAGACCCAGAUUCUAAAACAUCCAAAAGCUUUAAAUGACAGAGUUCAGUCAAAUUAAAGAAGUGCUCAGUGAGUUAGACGAGACUGUUGUCUGGCCCUAAAAGUGUUCAUAAACACUCACCACAGGCAGAUGUUCAUAUCAUUCAUUUCCUGAGUUUCUGACGUUGAGGUCAGUGAAUAUAUGAAUAAUCCCAGAGUCAAGAAAAAUGGGUGUAUUAGAGGAAUUUAGGAGUGUAAAAAGAACAAUAUAAAAAUUCUCCUGAAAAGGAAAUACUUCAGUAAAUCACAAAUAUGUGAAAAAAUUUAAAACUAGUUUAAACUUCAACUAGUACAAAGCAAAAAAGUAAGAAGGAAAUAUCCAACUGUUUUCAUUCAUAAGUAAAAGCUUGAAAUUGUUAAGAGUUUCUUUUUUUUCCCCCACCUUUUCUACAAACACUGUUGGUCCAGGAUAUCAUUCGGGAGAAAAACAUAUUGAAGCUGUCAGAGGGGCUGUUGGUGUACAUGUAUUGCUUGUUUUAUGUGUGUGUGUUUGUGUGUGUGGGUAUAAGCAAAUAACGUAUGUACAUAUGUGCCAGAUAUGUGCAUAUGUAUGCAAAGCAACAAAAAGAUCAAGGUGAGAAAAUCUGGUACUCUGAAUAGUGACGCUAAUGGUGAAUUUAAUGUCAGGUGGCUAAAUGGAGCAUCAGUUCACUGCUGCAGGUACAAUAUAUUUAUGCACAUAAUCAAUCACUCAUGUAACCAGAACGUAUGGAAAGUAAAGUGUGGCGAAGAAAAUGGGUUGAAAAAAUGGGAGUAUGAGUAAGUGCAGGAAGAGAAAGUGAUGUCGAAUCAUGAGAGGUUUCAUUGUGAAGGAGAAGAAAGUGAUCUGGAACAAGCUGGACAGAAAACAAGUUUAUUUGAUGUAAAGACAAUUUCAGAGCAAAAGAGGGGACUGCAGUUAAUUCAGAUAUGAUACCAAAAACAUUAGAAAACACUGAAGCAAAAAAAGCUGUGAUUGGAAGUAACUGAGUAAGUAAUUCUGUCAAUGACCCACCUCAAAGUACUUCAGUUAAAAUGUCAGUCACACAGGCUACAUAUGCACAAAAUUAUGUAUAUUAGCAGAAGGAAGCUAAAAGAUGUAGGAAUUUUAUUAUUAAUUAGAAUUAUAUCAUUAAUUAUUAUUAUAUAAAUAAUAAUAAUUUCCUCUUAGAAAUGAAGAAAUUAGACCCAAAAUCUGGUUCUAUAUGCAGUUAGUAAAAUUAAACCAUAGAUUCACUUACUUUCUUUUUAAAAUGUUCAAAUGUAAGUAAUCUGAAGUGAAGUAUAGUUCACAAUUUGGUAUCCAGUUUAUAAAAAGACAAUCUAAAAGUUGUUAUUCCUAAGAAAACAAACGAGGUCGUGUGUGGAACCAGACAGCAGAGGGCGCUCGCGUGAGGCGACUGCAGCAAUGAAACUGUUAUUCGUGUCUUUGUAAUUGAUGCAUGAAAGUUAGCAUGUGCUGAUAGCUUUGCAGGAUUUAGCAGUCAGGGUGAGGAUCCUAAAAGCCAUAUUGACUGGGACAAGUGAUGCUUUGCUGCACAGAGUUUGUAGUGUAGUGGUUUUCAAACUAAACUUGAGUCUUUUCUUGUUAGAUCAGAUUGAUAUUUUUGGAUGUCUGCAGUCCCAUUUAAUAACAAUGAUAUAAAAAGCAGCAGCAGAAUGCACACAUGCACACCGUUUCCCAUCAGAUGUUCAGGGAGACUUUACGUUUGCUCUAAGGUAGAAAAAAGUUUGUUUAGCUGGUGUCAGACCCAACGUGAUCUCACAGCGACGAUCCGUCAGAGCACAAAGGACAAAGCUCCUGUUUUCCACUUACCACUUUAAUCAUUUUUAAAUACUAGCAGUGGUGGAAGAAGUCCUCAGGACGGUUAAGUUCAAGCUAAGUACCAGCCAAAAAUGUUACCCGUUAGACUGUCCACGAUGGUUUAGUCUAGUGCGUCCCCAUGGUCAGUUUACAAGAUUGUUCAUGAUUUUACUGUUUUAUGUAACAGCAAUAAUAGAAGCGCAUGUGAAUACAUUGUAGGAUUUGCCACCAUAUUUAGUAAAAAAUGUACUAAGAACAAGAAUUUUUUCCACCAUACACUAUAAGUUUAUCUUUGGAUAUAAUCUUGCAAAAUAAAGAACAAAACAUACAUUUAUGAAAAGUAAAAGUACUUGGCUACUUUCCACUGCCGCAUGUUUGUGUUUGUGUAACUCUACAAGUGUACAUAAAUGACUGAGUUGUGCCUUGCAUGUCAGCUGGGUCUGACACCAGCCACAGACAGGCUGAAGGACUGCAGAGUGAAAUCCACUUAUUUUUAGUUUUUAAUACUGAAGAGAUGCUGGUGGCUGAGGCUUGUUCACAUUUGAAUAUUUUGGUUUUAAAACUGUAUAUUUGGAGCUCAAAUCCUCAGCCACCAUCUCUGCUGUAAAUCCAGCGAAUAAAUGCACUCACUGAAAAUCCCUGUUGCUGUGAUGGGAUGAAGUGAUGUCUGUUAACCAGGGCAGAGCCCAGAUGUGUUCACUUCUGCACCCUUUUCCUUUUCAUCAAGCUGGUCUUACUGUACCACACUGAAGUGAGAGCCAGGAGCUCAUCCUUGGGCUUCAAGUGGAGUGGAUUGUGUACGGGUGGAGGUGAAGCUCACAAAACAGGGAGAUGCAGUGUUGACAUUGUGAAAGCCCCUCUGUAUCUGUUUUCAGUUUGAUUACUGCCUGUACCUGAAGCGCCCCAAUGAAAUAGUUUCAUUUCCUCUUUUUGGCGA